CAAAACACUUGAAAUACCUAUAAAAGUUUUAUUUUUUAACAAGUUUUUGUUAAACAAAUUGUGCAAAUUGGCUCCCUACAGCUCCAGUAUGUCAUCCUCACAUGAAGAAGAUGAUCGCGAUGACAUUGAGGAUCAAGAGAUACACGUCGAUGUUGAUUCUGAUUCCCGUUUAUCAUGUGGCACGGGCUCAGAUAUCGAUAUGGAUGGUGGCAGUUGUUAUGAUGAAUCUGAAGCUCCUUUAAGUGAAACCCAGUCAGAACAAACCCGUUCCUCGUCUAGUGAAAAUCUGCCUUUUAGUAUAUCACGCCUGCUUUCCAAACCCUUCGAGCACAACAACAACAUACACCACAACAACAAUAACAACAAUAGCAAUAAAUUGAGUGAACAAGAUUUACAAAACGAACAUGAUUUAGCUGCCUAUAAAUUGGCCACAAGUUUGGCCUCAUCAACAUACGGCGGUGCUACUGCACUUUACUCAUAUCCACAUCUCUAUCCCUCAGCGGCAGCAGCAGCUGCGGGUCAUGUCUUACGAGUGCCACCUCAACGGACACAACUAACCUGGGCUUUACCGCCAUUGCAUCAUGCUGCGCUGGCGCAUCAGGCCGUUAAGGAUAGACUGGCAGCUGCCUUUCCCAUUGCCCGUCGCAUUGGCCAUCCCUAUCAGAAUCGCACACCACCAAAGAGGAAAAAGCCCAGGACAUCGUUUACACGCAUACAGGUGGCCGAAUUGGAGAAAAGAUUUCACAAGCAAAAAUAUUUGGCAUCUGCGGAGAGAGCUGCUUUGGCGAGGGGUUUAAAAAUGACUGAUGCUCAGGUGAAAACGUGGUUUCAAAAUCGAAGAACGAAAUGGAGACGUCAAACAGCUGAAGAGCGUGAAGCCGAACGUCAGGCAGCCAAUCGUUUAAUGUUGUCGCUACAAGCAGAGGCCAUAAGUAAAGGUUUUGCUCCACCGCCAUCUGCGUCCCUAUCGUCACAAACUGUCAAUGGAGCACCACUGGCGGCAUUACAUGGUUUACAACCCUGGGCUGAGGCAUCGCAUGCAGCGGGUUGUUAAAGACAAAAAAUAGAAUCUUAACAAAAAAACUUCAAUCACAUGUGAUAAAAACAAAAGUGUAUAUAAAAAAAUUGAGAAACUAAAACAAGAAAUCUAAUAAAAAAUAAUGGCUAAAAUUGUAUUAAAUCACAAAAAAUUAAGAAAAU